GGUUGCGGGGGAGGUUGGGGGCCGCCAGGCUGCGCUCUCGGGCCGGCCGCCGCGCCUCGCCGCCCUCCCCGGGCGACCGGGGCUUGGGGCAACGGCGGAGCCUCGGCGGGAGCGGGCGGUCCCGGGACCGGCGGCGGCACCGGCGGCUGCGGGCGGGGCGGGGGGGAAGGCGAAGGGCUCGGCGGCCCCAGCUCUGAGCCCCUCGCCCGGCCCGGCAUGACGCGGCGGCGCCCCGGAGGAGGCGGGAGGUGGGUGCCGGUAGCCCUGGCCGCGCUCCUGGCCCUGCGAGGUCUGGUGUGUCCUCUGGAGGUGUCAGUCAGUUCAGGGAGUAUCCAGGUUGCCCGAGGCCAGACAGCAGUAUUGCCCUGCACCUUCACCACUAACGCUGCUCUCACUAACCUUAAUGUCAUCUGGAUGGUCAUUCCUCUUUCUAAUGCCAACCAGCCUCAACAGGUCAUUCUCUACCAAGGGGGUCAGAUCUUUGGUGGCGCACCCCAGUUCUAUGGGCGAGUGGGGUUUGCUGUGACAAUGCCAACCACCAGUGCCUCCAUCUUCAUCAACAACACUCAGCUGUCGGAUACUGGCACAUACCAGUGUUUGGUCAACAACCUUCCCGACCGAGGUGUCAGGAAUAUUGGAGUCAUUGGACUUACUGUCUUGGUUCCUCCUUCUGCCCCGCUUUGCAGAAUCCAGGGGUCCCUGGAUGUGGGCAGCGAUAUCACACUGACCUGCAGCUCGGAAGAAGGCAUUCCUCGGCCAACAUACCUCUGGGAGAAACUGGACAAUGUUCCCAAGUUGCCUCCAACUGCCACACAAGACCAAGUCCAGGGCACUGUCACUCUCCGAAAUAUCAGCACUGUGUCCUCAGGUCUUUACCAAUGUGUGGCUUCAAAUGCCAUUGGAACCAGCACUUGCCUUCUGGACCUGCAAGUCAUUGCACCCCACCCCCGGAGUAUCGGCCUGAUCGCAGGAGCGGUAGCCACAGGCGCUGUUGUGCUUGUUGUUUGCAUUGUGUUGGUGGCCGUGGCACUGUUUUACUGGAAAAAUAAACACAAAGAAGAAGAGGAGGAGGAGAUUCCCAAUGAGAUAAGGGAGGACGACCUGCCGCCCAAAUGCUCCUCCGCCACAAAGACAUUCCACGCCGAUGCAUCCUCAUCGGAGAACGACACCCUCACCUCCUCCAACACCUACAACAGCCGCUACUGGAAUGAUCCCAAAGCCAACCACGCCACAGACUCCUUCACCCGCUUCAGCAACAGCAACGAUGCCCACCAGCCCCCCUUCUCCCGCUCGGGGAGCACGAGCACCCGCCCUGUCUAUGCCAAUGGCGGCCACCCGUCCCCGGCUCCCCCUAAGACGCUGGUGGUGACGGCCAGCACGGCGCCGUCCCCUCAGGAGGUGAUGCGGAGCAACGGCUCGGUCAGCAGGAAGCCGCGGCUGCCGCACACCCGCUCCUACGCCGUCAGCCAGGCCACGCUGGAGCGGAUCGGGGCUGUCCCUGUCAUGGUGCCCGCCCAGAGCCGGGCCGGCUCCCUCGUGUAGGGCCAUGUCAGCGGCCAAGAGCCAAGCAAGGGGCCUCUCGUACCUGGGGGGGUGAAGAGACCCUAUACUCCUUUCUGAAAGGCUGCGAGGCGGCGGAGGGGACACACACGCUUGCCUCUCCCCUCUGCCCUCCCCUCCUGAGGCUGCUGCCGGCCGGUGGGACAGCCCCGGCCGUGCCGUAUCCCCUCCCCGCGGCUGUCGGGGCUCCUCGCACCGGUGGACGCCGCAGAUGUGCCAAGGCUGGGGGAGCAGGGAGGUCGGGACAUGCUCCUCAGCCGCUGGGCCCCAGCCGGGACGUGCUGCACCCAGCCUUGGCCUUGGGAGGGACUUUUCGUUUGUUUCCUGUUGGUUUUGUUGGGGGUUGAUUUCAUCCAUUUGGGUCUUUCAGGGAGGUUCGGGGAGAUAUAUAUAGAUAUAUAUAUAUAUAUUAUUUUUUUUUCUGUUGUUGUUGCUGUUUUAUUUCCAAGAGGACGACAGCCUGCACCAGGGCAGGGAGGGGUGCUGAGGCAGGGUAUGCCUCAACGUGGUGGCCCCAGCCCCCUUCCCCCUGGCCCUGGCCCCUCUGUUGGAUGAGGAAGGGCGGUACGGCAGGGCCGGUUGCGAGGAGGCAGGGGCCAGGCUGGAGGGGAGAGGUGGGAUCACAGCCAUCAGCCCGGCCAAGGGGAUGGCCGCUUGAAGGUGCGGAGUGGGUAGCUCUUGUCUUUAUUUUUUUCAGUUCUUCCCUCACUCCAACAGGCACGCAAACACACACAGACGCACACAGACACAAACCCAGGUCCUCCUCAGACUAGGUGUUUUUUUAGGUGUUUUUCCUGCGCUAGCCUGGGGUGCUGCCAGAGCCCUGUUCGUGGCUGUGGAGGAUGCAGAUGUCUGAGCAUCCUUCCCCGAGACACUCCAUGCAGGGUGAUGGUGGAUCGUUGCUGCUGCUGCUGUAGGGCUCAUGGUUGGGGUUUUUUGGGUGUUGUUGGGUUUAUUCAGGAGGCAGAGAGGAUCAGGGUGGUGUGGCAGAACAGCGGGCAGGUCCAAAGGCAUCUACUGUCCCUGGGCUGCUCUUGUUCAGGACAAGUGGCUUCAAACCCCACAGCUUUGGUGUUUGCGUGGUGAGUUUUCCUUAUCGGGCUAUCCGAGUCCAGCCAGCAUGGCAGGGCACGUGUUGUGCUUGGGGCCCUCACACGGAGGCAUCACAGAUUUAAUUCCCGCUCUCCCACACGCACAGGCUUCCCAGACGCUGAGGUUGGCAGGAUUCAUUUUGAAACCCCAUUCUUCAGAAAGAGUGAAAGCAGGGGCUUAAUGGAGGGGGUAACCCUGUGGAAGCCCACAUGCUAUCUCCUCUCUGCCUCCCUUACUUCCGUCAGUAUCCCAGGGCUGGAUACUGGUGGCGUCUGCCAGUGGCUCUGCCAUCUCCUCGCAGCUAGGGAGGUGGUUGUGGCUGGCACCUAUCCUUUUUCUAUUGCAACUAAAUAGCCUUAAUCAAAGCUAAGAGUUGAAACCACUGAAGGAACUUGGUGCCAUUUGGAGAGCUGAACUGAGGGCUGGAACUUACCCUCCUAGAGAGCACUAGCUCAAAGGGGCUACACCUGGAUGGGUGUCUCUGCCCUCCUGCAUAACACCAACACUUGCACAUGUAAAGGCAGUGGUCAUCUUCAAAAGCACCAGAGUCCUUUCAGGUCUGCUCUUGGAAAAGCAAUGUGGGGAGUCACAGGUGACUUUCCAUAGCUCUCACGUUGGAAAAAGGGUCUGCUUAAGUCAACAGACUCUUCCUCAUCCCCAUUUUCCUUGUCCCAGCACAGCUUUACUUCCCUAGCAGUGCACAAACCUUGGGCCUUCUGCCUGAGUGGCACAUUUCAACUGCAAGCACAGACUCUGAGGAAGAGGAGGGGAGAGGUGAGGGCUGGGUUCCCACAUGGACACACUGGCUUUUUAGGAAGUUGGGGACUCCUAGGUAGCACUAGGUUUGAAGCUUGGCUGAGAUUUUGUGCCUUCUUUGCUUAAAAUAAAAUAGAAAAGAAAAAGGAAAAAAACAAACAAACAAACAAACAACCUCCCUUCCUUCACCCUCUGCACCACUCCAUCCAGAAUGGGUGCAAACCCCCACAGCGGUAUAGGGAAGUGGUUGCUCUGUGUGUGUGUGUGUACACACAUUUCACUGGAGGAGACCUCUUUCCUACCUGUCUGCUCACUUUGCUGCUGGGUGGUGGGAUUGAUGGGGGAAGAAGAAUGGCUUUAGAAAACCUAAUGUGGAAGGGCAAAAAAAAAAAAAAAAAAAGAACCCAAAC